AUGGGAGUCAGUGCAGUCUUGGAGCCGUUGGUUGUCAUCGUCCUCCUCUUAGGUGGUACCUGGAUCAAUCGUGUCAAUGUCUCAUCCUUGGACCUGGAUCGACGCCGCACGCGGCCCUCAACUGAGUCUAUACGAGGCUCCUCGUGUGAUUCUCUCGAGCCGGGAUAUUCUCCCCCAACCCCGAAGGAUGGCCUGCUGAGUGCUCGGUCCGGUUUGUUCAGGCCGCCGAUUUCACCAUGGCACAAGCGACAGAUUGGAAUGAUGGGCAUGGCUUACGAGGUGACCUCUCCCAACACGGUCGUCUUUCAAGAUCGGCUCCUCAGUCGUCUACUCCGAAGAUUUCCUUUUCUAGUGGAGUGCUGGUAUUGGGCUUUGGUAUAUUGGACAUAUCAGCUCGGUCGUGCGUUCACCGCCAUGAGUCUCCAGGAAGGCACUGUCGAUGUGUCGAGAAGACAUGCGCUACAGUUUAUUCAAGUGGAGCAGGCGCUUAGCAUUUUCUGGGAGAUUCGCAUCCAGAAGUUUUUCCUCCGCCAUCCCCUACUGAUGACUUGGACCAACUGGACCUACUCCUUUAUCCAUAUCCCGGGCACAAUUGCAUUCCUUGUGUGGCUCUAUUACUACACCACUACACGCAACCGUAUCGAGUCACAACCGGGGAAGCCUCGAGGAGCUGGCGGUUCGCCAGCAGGCCCGCAGCUCUAUCAAGCACAGCGCCGGACUUUGGCCGCGUGCAACCUCCUCGCGUUUGUGGUUUUCACGUUGUGGCCAUGCAUGCCACCACGAUUACUGAGUGAUCCGGCUGAAAAAGGUCCCACAGGCGAUGUGGCGCGCAGUUAUGGCUUCAUUGAUACGGUCCAUGGGGUCAAUGGAGCAGGCAGCGUUUGGACUUCAAACCGCUUCUGUAACCAGUAUGCGGCAAUGCCAUCUUUGCACUUUGGCUACUCUUUGAUGAUCGGCCUCACCAUCAUGAUGAUUCCUAUCCCCCCACGUCGACAUGCUAUCAUGCAUUCUCGACUGACCCGCCCCCUUGGACUUUCUUGGUGCCGUCUCAUCUGCCUUUUUCUCGGGUUUCUGUACCCGUUCAUCAUUUUGGUGGCCAUCGUAGCAACUGCCAACCAUUUCAUUCUCGAUGCACUUGCAGGAACCUUGGUUUGCGCCUUGGGAUGGCGCUUCAACCGGGUCCUGCUAAAUUUGCUUCCAUUGGAAGAUUAUUUUCUCUGGCUGGUCCGGAUUCACAAGCCAGAGCCAUUCCUUGUCAAGGAAGGUGUUGGGGAGUCUGAUGAGGUGUAUUCAUCCUGA